AUGUCAUUCUUCAGGAAUUUCUUUGGGACGUCCGCCCCAGCGGCAGAAGAGGUGGCAAAGGAGGAGAAGGAGCCCGUCCGUGCCCUGCCGGCGUCCUGGUACACCUCCCAGGCCAUGUACGAGCUGGAACGGCGAUCGAUCUUCUCUCGAAAGUGGCUUCUGACCACCCAUAAGCACCGCGUCCCCAACGCGGGCGACUGGGUGCCAUAUGACGCCGCUGGCUACGAGUUUGUCAUCGCCAAAGACCACCAAGGGAACAUCAAAGCUCUCCUGAGCAAGGACCUCUCGCCGGUUCACACGCAUAUCGACCAAAACGGCUUCGUCUGGGUCAACUUGGAUAGUAGCGAGACGCCGGAGGUAGCCUGGAAGGACGACUUUGACGGUGUCGAUGAGCAGCCUCGAUUCCAAUACUACAAUUUCGAGGACUAUGUCUUUGACCACACAUGGGACAUGGAGGGCGAGUUCAACUGGAAGAUCCUCGCCGACAACUACAACGAGUGCUAUCACUGCCAAGUUGCCCAUCCCGACAUUCCUACCAUUGCCGACCUCAACUCCUACUACGUCAAGACCAAGGACGGCCACAUUCAGCAUUACGGGGCGCAGCGAGAUGACCAAAUCGCGAAAGGCUUCCGCAUCGCCACCACCUACUUCUGGCCCAAUGCAUCCUUCAACAUCUCCCCCCACUUCUUCUUCAUGCAGCGAUUCACACCCAAGGGUCCUACCAAAUGCGUCAUGCGAUACGAGGUGUAUCGCCACAAGGACGCCAGUGAUGACGACUUCAACCUGAUCAGUGACAUGUACAAGCGGAUCAUGUCCGAGGACAAGUACCUUUGCAUUCAGUCCCAGAAAAACCUGAACGCUGGUGUCUUCGUCAAUGGCGAGCUUCACCCCGAGAUGGAAAAGGGUCCUCUGCAUUUCCAGAAGACGGUUCGUGAUGUUGUUGUAGAACAUCAUAAGAAGGAGGAGGCCGCUGGGCACGAGAUCUGGCCUGCGGAUGCUCCCAAGAAUGCUGCCGUCGGCGAAGAUGAGAUUUCCCUUCGCACAGGCACCGCGCAGUUUGACACGGAGAAAGACGACAUGCAGAGUGCUCUCCAACCCAGUGUUGUGACUGCGAUUUCCGUAUAG